UUCGUUUCCCCUUUCUUUGAUGAAGUCAAACAUAAUCUUUUCUCAGCCCAAUCAAGUUUUGCAGAACAAGAAGAAGAAGGAGCCUCGCGGCCGUGCUCACAACCUUCGUUUUGUCACAGCCGGCUUCAUUUCUGUCACUGCCGCCGCUGCCACCGCAACGAGAGAGGAAUGACGGCUUACGGUGCAGUGAAUUCGCUGAGGAAUACAAUUGAUUAUAUUCUCUAUUCUUCUCAUUAUAGCCUCGUUGAUCCCUCUCCACAUAUCAGACUAGACGCCUACAAGGAGUUGCGGCCCUUGCAAAAUAUUCUUGAAAAAUUGGACAGAACAAGAACAAGCAAGAGCAGGAAGAAGGUGAAUGCUUUGGAUAGAAGAAUCAAAGACUUGAUUUGGGAAUUCCAACACCUAUUGGAAACCAUUCUCCACCAACAGAUUCUUGGAAUUCCCUCACAACCACAGAUUCUUUCACAGUCUCCAAACCAAGUAGAAGAUGAAAGGAUGAAAGAGAGAGGCUUCUUGGAAUCCCUUCCCUCACAACCAAGAAGAAAAUUCAACACGCCAAGAAUCGCGAAUGAUGUUGAGGGUUGCAGAUUCUCCAUUGAUCUGCAAUUCCUACAACAUCAUGUUCCUUCCUUCAUCCAGAGGCUCAAGAAUAUGAAGGAGGAAUACAUUAAUGAAGUAGCCAAUAUGCCUGAAGACGACGACGACGACGAUCAAUCUAUUUCCUCAAGAACUGGGACCAAAUCCAAGAUGAUUGGAUUAUCGGAUCAAUUCAAAAAACUCAAAAUGACUAUUAAGCAUUGCGAGGGUCGUAGGUUCAUCGCACUUGUUGGAACUGCAGGCAUUGGGAAGACUGCUCUUGCUGAGGCAGUGUUUGAAGAUCCAGAAAUCAUUAGCCUUCUUAAGCAUCGCGUGUGGGUUACGGUAGGCAGAAGAUCUCAAUUUGCUGAUGUAUACCAAAGCAUUGUAGCUCAAAUGAAUGGAAAAUCUCAAGAAUUCGAGAGAAAGAAAUGCCUCAUUGUGCUCGAUGAUGUGUGGGAGAGUCGGAUAUUGGAUUCCUUGGCACGGUUGUUAAAAAAAACAAUAGAUACAUCAAUUUAUAUCUGGUUACUACUCGAAACAAUCAUGUAAUUUCCUCAGUGACUAUGUUUUCUUGUUCUUUUCAUCCGGUGCCGUUUUUGAAUGAAGAAGAAAGUAAGGAGCUACUGUGCGAGAAGGUGUUUGGUGAAGAGGGUUGCCCUUUUCACCUUGACAAAGCCGCUACCAAAAUAGCCAAGAACUGUGAAGGUCUUCCUCUCAUGAUAGUCAUAGUGGCUGACAUCAUAUCAAAAGCACAGAACAAUACAGACCCCAAAUACUGGGACGAUGUAGCAGAAAUGCGGAAUUCAGUUUUCACUGAUGCAUAUAAUGAGAUAUCAAAGGUACUUUUCCCAAGUUACGACUACUUACCUCAAUAUCUUAAAAUGCCUUUUCUGUAUCUGGGAGUUUUUCCCUCCAGAUUAUGAUAUCCCCAUAUACAAGCUCGUGAAUAUGUUGGCUAUUGGGGGUUGGUUCUAUAACGACUGCUUUCAUAAAAAAAACAAGAAAAAAUCUUUGGAGGAUUCUGUGUGGCGUUGUUUGGAUGAGCUUUGUACAAGAAGGCAUCUUGCUUUAUCCAAUAAAAGGAUACAUGAUAGGAAGUUUAAAACUUGUCGCCUUCAUUCUUCGUGGCGGCACGUAUGUAGAGUAGAGGCUCGGAAGAACAAGUUUUAUGAUGUCUUAAAAAAGCUAGUUGAUGGCUUAGAAGAGGGUGUAAAAGGUCAGCUUUGCUUCUGUCUUGAAAAUAACCUUUUAUUUGGUAUCAAAGACUUUUGCAACUCCGUGAGAUUGAGCUGUGCAUCCUCUACACGAACUCCCUAAAACCAUAUCCAAACUUUUCAUUCUUCAAAUCUUGAUUAUACAUCCACAUAACAACAUUAGGAUUUGUGGAGCUCCGUCAUAUGUACCAAGAGAAAUAUGGGAUAUGAAAGAGUUAGAGCAUAUUGAGAUAUUGGGGAAGAGCCUUGUAGCUCCGUGUCAUUCUACUUCUUUAGAAAAGCUCUCAACACUUGUAGGUGUGAAUGCCAGCAUUUCUACUAUCUUGGAACACUCUUGGAAAUUUCCUUGUAUAAGGAAAUUAGGAGUUCAGAUCGAGCUUACACCUUAUGAUGACCAUAAUGACCUUUUGAGUUGCUUUGGUUGUAUUUCAAGACUUGAAAGUUUGGAGAUAUUGAAAUGUAGCAUCACAAAUCCUGUGGCUAAGUACGAUUAUGUGUUUCCUAGUUCGUUGAUAAUCUUUCCACGUGGAUUGAAAAAGUUACAUUUGAGUGGUAUGAGUUUUCCUUGGGAAUACAUGGAUGUAAUUGGUUCUUUGCCAUAUCUUAUAGUGCUCAAAUUGCGAGCCUACGCCUUUCGGGGUUCAAAGUGGGAAGCUCAAGAGGGUAGUUUUAUGAAAGUUAAGUUUCUUCUGAUUGAAGACAGUGAUUUGGUGCAAUGGAAACCAAGAACUGGAAGCUUCCCUGAGCUCAAACUCCUCCGCAUGAAACAUUGCUACAAACUAGAAGAGAUCCAUUGGCCGUCUAAAAUUUCAUUUGGAGCGAUGGAAUUAGAGAACUGCAAUCCUGUAGCUGUGGCUUCGGCCAAGCAAUUACAACUGAGUUAUGGUAUUGACAUUGAUGUUACUGCCUCUUCUUCUUUUGACGAGAAGCCCAUUACUAUCAAGUUUAAGAGUUCGAUGAUGUCCCUCAUCAACGGUCUGAGGUUGAAGCAUGGUUUACGACCGAGAUCAGGCAAAUGAACUCCAACACAAGAUAACUGCUUGAUUAUCCUCUGAAUAUUAUGUAUUCUCACACCCUGUAUUUAUAUUUUCAGGUAUGGGUUUUUAAAAAACAGACAUGGAAAGGUGAGACACCAUGUUUGUAUUAUUGGAUUGUCAUCUCAAUUGAAGAAUUGUGACUUAUUUUGGAUUGUGUUGAGGAUUAUAAGCUCUGAUCAACUCAUUUUUAUACUUAAUUUGUGUUUGCUGUUGUUUAUUCAUGUGAUGUGUAGCUUUGAUGAAUAUCUUGUUUUGUCAAUUUCCUUAUUAUGAGACGCUGAUUUGGGAUUA